AUGGGUGCUUGCAAUUCUUCGUGUUGUGGAGGCAAAUCUCGCGAUGGAUUAUACGAACCCGUUUUGGCUGAAAGUGAAAGGGAGGCUGUAGCAGAUCUGCUUCAGUACUUGGAGAAUAGGGGUGAAACCGACUUCUUUUCCGGCGAACCUUUACGGGCUUUAAGCACACUCGUGUUUUCCGAUAACGUCGAUUUACAGCGAAGCGCCAGCUUGACCUUCGCUGAGAUAACAGAGAGAGAUGUCCGAGAAGUCGACCGAGACACCCUGGAACCAAUCUUGUUCCUUCUUCAAAGCCCCGAUAUCGAAGUUCAGCGAGCAGCUAGCGCAGCGUUGGGGAAUCUUGCUGUCAACACCGAGAACAAGGUCGCUAUUGUUCUCCUCGGAGGCCUUACUCCUCUGAUUCGCCAGAUGAUGUCGCCAAACGUCGAAGUGCAAUGCAACGCGGUUGGAUGCAUUACGAAUCUAGCUACACAUGAGGAUAACAAGGCAAAGAUUGCCAGAUCAGGAGCUUUGGGGCCACUCACACGGUUAGCUAAGUCAAAAGAUAUGCGAGUCCAACGGAACGCUACCGGGGCUCUCUUGAACAUGACACAUUCUGAUGAAAACCGACAACAGCUCGUAAAUGCAGGCGCUAUUCCUGUUCUUGUACAACUCCUGUCGUCUUCCGAUGUUGACGUGCAGUAUUACUGCACAACCGCCCUUAGCAAUAUUGCGGUCGAUGCCAAUAACCGAAAGAAGCUCGCUCAGAGCGAGAACCGACUUAUCCAGUCUCUGGUCAAUCUUAUGGAUUCUUCAUCUCCGAAAGUACAAUGCCAGGCAGCUUUGGCCCUUCGAAAUCUUGCAUCCGAUGAGAAGUACCAGCUCGAAAUCGUUCGCGCUCGGGGCCUAGCUCCCCUCCUCCGGCUUCUCCAAUCAUCAUAUCUCCCUUUAAUACUUUCAGCGGUCGCCUGUAUUCGUAACAUCUCUAUCCAUCCAAUGAACGAAUCGCCGAUCAUAGACGCAGGAUUCCUGAAGCCUUUGGUGGAUUUAUUGGGUUCCACGGAUAACGAGGAAAUACAGUGUCACGCAAUAUCGACACUUCGUAAUCUGGCGGCUAGCUCUGAUCGCAAUAAAGCUCUUGUGUUAGAAGCUGGUGCGGUUCAAAAGUGUAAGCAAUUAGUGCUCGAUGUACCAUUGAGCGUGCAAUCGGAAAUGACUGCCGCCAUCGCAGUCCUUGCCCUGAGUGAUGAUCUGAAAACGCAUCUGUUGAAUUUGGGCGUUUUCGAUGUUCUCAUUCCGUUAACGGCUUCCGAAAGUAUCGAGGUGCAAGGAAAUAGUGCCGCAGCUCUAGGGAACCUCUCCUCCAAAGUCGGCGAUUACUCGAUAUUCAUCCAAGACUGGACAGAGCCAAAUGGAGGUAUUCAUGGAUAUCUUAAGCGAUUUCUUGCAAGCGGGGAUGCAACCUUCCAACAUAUUGCUAUCUGGACUCUUCUUCAAUUACUAGAGUCUGAAGACAAGAAGCUAAUCAAUCUCAUUGGAAAAUCUGAGGAGAUUGUCCAAAUGAUCAAAACUAUUGCAGAUACUCAAAUCGAAUCCGACGACGAAGCUGAAGAAGAUGGCGAAGGAGAAGUUGUUCAGCUUGCACAAAGAUCACUACAACUCUUGGGCCAGGGAAACAAGACCUCGCAUAUUGAAGGAUAA